CACGCAGUAAAGCUGUCAAAAUCCUCCAGCCAAUUGGCAUUCAGCACGCAAGUUCCCGAAAAUAUAGAUCUUUCUUGUGGAUAAUAAUUAAAUGUAUUUGAAGAAGACUUUCAAAAUGAGAAGUCUGCUUUUGAUUAGCCUCCUAAACAUAUUUUUGUUAAGUUUAUGUCACGCUGGACGUGACUUUUAUUCAAUUCUGAACGUAAAAAAGUCGGCAUCGGUGAACGACAUCAAGAAAGCAUAUCGGAAACUGGCGAAGGAACUCCAUCCCGACAAAAACAAGGAUGAUCCGGACGCAUCGCAGAAAUUCCAAGAUCUGGGCGCAGCGUACGAGGUGCUGUCGGAUACGGACAAGCGGAAAAUGUACGACAGAUGCGGCGAGGAGUGCUUGAAGCGUGACGGCAUGAUGGACAACAGUGACCCGUUUUCCAGCUUUUUCGGGGACUUUGGUUUCCAUUUCGGUGGCAAUGACGGCGGCCACCAUGACACACCGCGCGGCGGAAAUAUCGUAAUGAACUUGCACGUAACCCUGGAGGAGUUGUACACAGGGAACUUUGUGGAAAUCACGCGGAACAAGCCAGUGCUGAAGCCAGCGCCGGGCACGCGGAAAUGCAAUUGUCGACAAGAAAUGGUGACGCGUAACUUGGGUCCGGGCCGAUUCCAGAUGAUUCAACAGACUGUCUGCGAUGAGUGCCCCAACAUGAAGCUAGUCAACGAGGAACGGACGCUGGAGGUAGAGAUCGAGCCGGGAAUGAAGGAUGGCCAGGAGACGAGGUUCGUAGCGGAAGGAGAACCUCACUUCGAUGGGGAUCCAGGCGACCUGGUGAUUGUGGUGAAGACCAUGCCGCACAGUAGAUUCGAGCGCAGAGGCGAUGAUUUGUAUACAAAUGUAACGAUUAGCCUGCAGGACGCUCUCGUGGGAUUCUCCAUGAAAAUUGAACAUCUUGACGGCCAUAAAGUCGAUGUUGUACGCGACAAAAUUACAUGGCCCGGUGCGCGUAUUCGUAAGAAGGGCGAGGGAAUGCCCAACUAUGAAAAUAAUAACCUUCACGGUACUUUGUACAUCACCUUCGAUGUAGAAUUUCCAAAGAAAGAAUUGUCAGAGGAGGAGAAAGAAGAAAUCCGAAAAAUAUUGGAUCAAUCGUCAGUAAAUAAAAUAUACAAUGGGCUCUAGGAUACAAUUUAUGAAAUUUAAUUUAUAAUAAAUUCCUUCUUUAUAUAGAA